GACCCCGUAGCACUAGCUGAACGCUUUGGUUUCUAUGAUUAUGUCGUCUUUGUAGCCAUGUUGGUCUGCUCUGCAGUAAUCGGCAUUUUCUUUGCCACCAGGGGAGUACACAAAACUCAAGAUGACUAUAUGAUGGCUGGCCGCAAACUAACUUGUAUUCCAGUUGCAUUGUCCCUCACAGCCAGCUUUAUGUCAGCGGUGACAGUACUGGGGACCCCAGCUGAGGUCUAUCGCUUUGGGAUCGCUUUUGGUCUCUUCGCUUUCGCCUAUGUCAUCAUGGUGCUGGUGUCUGCUGAAGUGUUCCUACCUGUCUACUACCGGCUGCAUAUCGUCAGCACCUAUGAGUACUUGGAGCUUCGAUACAAUAAAAAAAUGCGACUGCUUGGAACAGUGAUGUUUAUGACUUUAACAAUCUUAUACACUGGAAUUGUUAUAUAUUCGCCAUCCCUGGCUUUGAGUCAAGUUACAGGAUUUCAGUUGUGGGGGUCUGUUGUUUCAACAGGAAUAGUCUGCACUUUCUAUUGCACUCUGGGUGGCCUAAAAGCAGUGAUUUGGACAGAUGUUUUCCAGUUUAUGCUGAUGAUAUGUGGGUUUCUAGCAGUGAUUUUUCGGACUUUAGUAAUUAAAGGAGGAUUUGCUGCUGUUAUGAAUGAUGCUCGUCAUGGAGGAAGACUAAGAUUCUGGGACUUUAACCCAAGCCCUCUGCAAAGGCAUACUGUGUGGACAGUUAUCAUUGGCGGCAGUUUCACUUGGCUUGGCAUAUAUGGAGUAAAUCAGUCUCAGGUUCAACGAUACCUUGCUUGCAAAUCAAGACUUCAUGCAAAACUCUCUCUUUAUUUAAAUCUUUUGGGACUCUGUGUAACUCUUUGUUCUGCAGUACUCAGUGGACUCUCCAUGUACUCCAUAUACAAGGAUUGUGAUCCAUGGACUUCAGGCUUUGUGGGAGCACCAGAUCAGCUCAUUCCAUAUUUGGUGAUGGAGAUUUUGGGUGACUUUCCAGGAGUUCCAGGACUUUUUGUGGCUGGGACCUACAGUGGGACAUUAAGUACAGUGUCAUCCAGCAUCAAUGCAUUAGCUGCUGUAACAAUGGAAGACCUCAUUAAACCUCAUUUUAAGAUGUCUGACUCAAGGAUGUCAAGGAUUUCCAUUGGAAUGAACCUGCUUUUUGGUACAGUGUGCCUUGCCAUGGCUGGCCUGGCAUCCAAGAUGGGUGCUUUGUUACAGGCUGCGCUCAGUAUUUUUGGAAUAAUUGGUGGACCUCUUUUGGGGAUAUUUGCUAUGGGCAUCCUUUUACCUUUUGCAAAUCCUAUAGGUGCAUUUUUAGGUCUCAUUUGUGGAUUUUUGGUUACAUUAUGGGUUGGACUUGGGUCUCUCAUAUACCCUCCCUCUUGUGAAAAAACAUUGCCAUUACACCUUUCAACAGCAGGCUGUUGGAAAUACAAUGUUACUUUCACCACACCAUUAACUACUACUGUGGAUCCUACACCUCCUCAAAGAUCUUUUCUUCAUGAGUAUUUCUACUCGCUGUCCUAUCUGUACUUUAGCCUAAUAGGAACUAUGGUCACAUUCAUUGUGGGAGCCAUCGUAAGUGCAAUGGCAGGGGGAUUUCAGCAAACUGUGGAAAGCAAACUUCUCUUUGGCAAAGAAGACUUUAUAGAUAACUUUGUGUUUUGGAAAUCUAAGUGGGUACAGCUGUAUGAAAGGCUUCAUCCAAAAGUCAAUCCAGAGGAGCCAGUGGUUUCUGAAGGUGCUGUAGAAGAUACCGCUUAA